AUGUCGACCCUCACAAGAGCAUUCACCCGGCGCAAUAAGCGCCCAGAAGUGUCCGCACCCAUGGCGUAUAAUGGCGAAGGACAUGUGCGACUCAACUCGGCAAGUAUAAAGCGCAGCAACAUCUCUGGUCCGGUCCAGCUUUUGUCCACGACGAACAUGCUAGCCUACGACGCCCCCGAUAUCAAUAAUAUCAGCGGCUCUUCAUCUGCCUCAUCACUAGGAUCGCGUGACGAUUCCGACGCCGCCUUCUCCCCGCAAAGUUACGCAUCUUCGAUGUCCUCGCCCGAUGUGUCUCCCUAUGAGAGCUCUCCCAUUGACCCAAACCCAUUGACGUCGUAUUUCCCGAAGCGCACGGCGACGGUGACAAGCCACCCGCGUUCCUCCACGGCUUCGUCAACGGCAGAUGCUCCGCUGGUGCCCAAGCGGGCUCUGUCCCACACCAAGCGGUCCCACCAGGAGCUCGCUCACAAGCGUUCGGUCUCUAGGAUGUCCCCGCCUCCGCUGAACGCGGCGCGCAACACACCGGGCAUUCGUGCAACACAGGAAUUCUUCCAGGCCGAGCCGCAUCCAUUCGGCAAAGAGCUAGAGCAGGUGAACGAGGUUGUGGAGGAAUUUGGGGGCUUGAAUAUGCUCGAUGAUGAAGAGCGGCUUCUCUAUGCCAAGGGGCUCAGGAAGUUCUCUGUCGAAGAGUAUCUUGUGGAAGUUGAAGAACUGUACGGCAACAUUUUCGAGGACACACAACCUGUCCUACACCCCUUCUUCCUCACAUUCGGCCAUGGUCUCCCUUGCCACGACUUCACGCAAACCGGCGCUACAGCCCACACCUACGAUAUCCCGAUCCAAAAUGCUUCCAACUUCUUCUCCCGUCCCGAUUCUCAAAACUUCGAAAGCUCCUCCCGUGGUCACCGGCUCGAAACGCAAGAUGAGCGAAAUGGACCUCCCCCCUCCCCUUCCUCAUCCCAGGCAGAUGACGCGACGGAAGCCGUUCCUCCCAACAAGAAGCGACCCCGCGUCCAGUUUGACCAAGAUGUGAAAAUACACGAUAUUGCCUCAUCAGAGAAGAGCCUUGCACUUAUUCGGGAGGAGGUCCGCGCGGCUAUCCACCGACAUGUCACGAUGUCAGAAAGCGAAGGCUACGACCGAAUCAAGGGAAUGUUUUCUGCCGAUCCAACAAAGAAGGACGAUGACAGCUUGCUUGCCUAUGAAUCACCAACACAUACAUCUUUGCGGAACCACCUUCUUGGUCUGAUCUCGCAUGUCGCCUCCUUGGACCGCUCCUGCAGCGGGUUGGUCAAUGCCAUCAUCAACAGCGAGUGGCUCGGACGGGACGAAUCCUACGUGAAGCUGUACAUCCGGUUCUUAGGAAACCUUGCCGCCGCACAGGGUACCUUCCUCGGUCCUGUCUUGAAGAUGCUAGCCACCAAACUCGGAUCCAUCCCUCGAGGAAUCGGUCGACUCCCUGGUUACGCCGUUGUGUCACCAUCCGAAAUGCAUACUCGAGUCCAUAUGGCAAUGCGCCAUGUGCUGCGGCUCAUCCCGGCCGGUAGUGGAUCGCUCUCCCCGAUUUUGUCUACCCAGUUCCCCGUCGACUCAGAUUCAGCUAGUGCGAAUGUCACCUACACUCGCAAUCUCAUCCAAAUCAUCACCUACGCCCGAGAGCUCCAGUCUGACAUCCUGGCUCUUAUCACCGAGAAGCUUGUCAAGGUCGACGUUGAAAUCCAGGUCGAUAUGGAGGACUUCGAAGAGGAGGUCGGCGAAGAAAUUCUGGAUGAGGUUGACGAUGAGGAAGAUGAUGAUGCCUCGAUUGCCAGCGAGGAAUCAGAAGAUGACGAGACCAAGGGGGCCAAGAAGAUCAAGGACAACAUUCUCAAAGUGGAUGGCAUGAUUGAUAUCCUCUUUGAAUACUUUUCGCCCCCGUUCACCUCGGGCACCCUAGAUGAUCAGGAGAAUGCGUUGGAUCUGCUCCUCAGCCACUUCCAGUCGAUCAUCCUUCCUACAUACCGAUCCCGUCACUCGCAGUUCCUCUUAUUCCAUUUCUCCCAGGCCUCGCCCGUGCUCGUUGAUCGCUUCGCGUCCACAUUUGUGCAGCUUAUCUUCAACAAGCUGCAGCCUGGCAUCCUGCGCCAGUCCGCAGCCGCAUACCUAGCCAGCUUUGUUGCACGUGGUGCCCAUAUCUCCGGAGAAGUGGUUCGCGAUGUCUUCGACCUUCUACUCACACACCUCAAUAGCUUACGUAUGGAUUAUGAGGAUAGCUGCCGCGGUCCCGAUCUCCGUCGCUACGGACCUUUCUACUCCACCGCACAAGCACUUCUGUACAUCUUCUGUUUCCGAUGGCGGGAUCUGACGACCGCUGCCGCUGAUGGUGAUACUCCUGACCAGGUGGAUGAGCUUGAGCCGGGCCAGAUCACAUUCCCUCCCAACAUCAAAGAAUUCCUUCACAAAUGCAUCUAUUCGCGACUCAAUCCGCUCAAGGUGUGCUCCCCGGCCAUCGUUGCCGAGUUCGCCCGCAUCGCCCACCACUUCCAAUUCCUAUACGUCUAUCCUCUCCUCGAGACCAACAAGCGCAUUCGCGUGACUGCCUUCAGGAACCUUUCCAAUCUCUCCGACCCUCGCUUCAGCCACGUCGGUCGUGAGAUCCGCGCUGGUGAUAACAUCGGCUACCAACUGGACGCAUACUUCCCCUUCGACCCCUACCAACUUCCCCGCAGCCGUCGCUGGUUGGAAGGCGACUACGUCGAGUGGCGCGGUAUUCCAGGUCUCGACGACGCCAACGAGUCAGACAGCGGAGCUGACGAGUCUGAUGAUGAAUCCGGCGACGAUGUCACUGAGACUGAUGAGGAGUGA